GGAGGAAGAGGAAGAGAGAGAGAGAGAGAGAGAGAGAGGGAAAAAGAAAAACCUCCUCUUCAGAGAUCCCUGUCCGUUCCCAAUCGAGGAGAUGAAGCGACCGCUCGAUGAAAAUCCAUCGGCUGUGGAGGAUCUGAAGAAGAAGAAGAGAAAGGAGGAAGAAGAGAUGGCGGAGGAGUCGGGAUUCGUACAUCUGGACGAGGACCUUCUGUUCGAGGUGCUGAAGCACGUGGACGCGAGGUCGCUGGCCACCGCGGCGUGCGUUAGCAAGCAGUGGCACAAAACGGCGCAGGAUGAGCGGCUGUGGGAGAUGAUCUGUACACGUCACUGGGCCAACACCGGAUGCGGAACUCAACAGCUGAGAUCCGUCGUUCUCGCCCUUGGCGGGUUCCGUCGCCUCCACUCCACCUACCUCAGGCCCCUUCUAAAACCCCAGCUACCAUCAUCAUCAUCAACAUCUCUGCCCUUUCCUGUAAUUUCACCAAAGACGCCUGCCCAUUGGGGGAAAGACGAAGUUCAUCUCUCGCUCUCGCUUCUCUCCAUUCGCUACUACGAGAAGAUGAAUCUAAAUAAGAGAGGGAGAUGAGAUCUUUACCGAAUUGGGAUUGCCCCUCUUUUUUUAAUUCUUAUUUUUGUAUGGGUUUUGUGAUGAAUAUGUAAUCCUUCGUGGGUUUUUUUUCUUUCCUUUUUUCGCCUAAUGUUGGUGUACGAUAUUAAUUAAUGCUAUAUAUUUUAAUUUCUGAA